ACACGCGGCCGCCAAGUUAUAACCAUUGCUCAUUGAUUUCUCAAAUUCUCAAAGUCUUAAUAGCACUACUCUUAAACUUCUCUAUCCUACCACUAAUUUGUUCAUACGAUGUCAGAUCCUGUCAGAUCUAUCUCAACUACGGAGACCAUCGAGUCGGUAUCAUCACCUGGUGUCGUACAGGAUAGUCUUCGCGAUGCAAAUGUCAAGAUACCUACGCGAGCGGAAUUGUCCACCGUAGAGUCGAAGGUGGCUACCGCGCGCUCGAAGAAAGAUACUGGUGAUGCUGCGUUUAAGGCAGGCGAUGUCAAGAGUGCAUUGCGAUCGUACCAUGAGACACUUCUGUAUCUUCACGGUAUCGAUAAAAACGCCCUUAAAUCACUUGGAAUGGCUGCCCCAUCGUCGUCGACGUCAGCAGUAGACCAAGCUGCUGGCGCAAAGGACGUGCUGACUGAGGCAGAUUUAAUGCUGGAGAAAGUAUACGCAAAUAUGUCUGCCUGCCAUAUCAAACAAGAGAACUGGAAGCGGGCGGUGGACACUGCCGACAAGGCUCUUAGCAAAAACCCUGCUAAUUCUAAAGCGCUUUUCCGAAAAGCAAAGGCUCUUGGAGAGCUUGGAUUUUUCGAGAAAGCGGAAACAGCUCUCAAUGAGAUUAAGAAGGUCGCUCCUAAUGAGGCACCCAUGGCUGAUGCAGAGCUUGCGCGUCAGAAAUCGAUGGAUCGUGAACGGCAAAAGGCUCAUGAUCAGAAAAUGAGAGGUUGGCUUUCACGAGAGAAGAAGCUGACUGCGAGCGAGUAAAGAGUGGUCUGGAUCAGGAGACGUACAGUGAAAGCAGACGAUACCACGUGCAUAUUGUAUUUUAUGAGGCAACCAUGGUUUGUUUACAGGUUAAUCCAGCGAGAAGGCCACUUGGCCUAUGGACCUUGCACAGCCACUGGCUAUUAUUACUACCCACCCACUGGUAGACCAGUACUUGCAUCAUUCUUGUAGUGCGAGGGUUCCAGGUUCAGCCUCAGAGAGGGUUGAGUCGAUGGCUUAGCGACCUCGGGGACCUGAAGAGUGCCAGGG